GGGUUGAAGCAAUUCUUAUGCCUCAACUUCCCAAGCAGCUGAGAUUACAGGAUUGACUUCAAAGACUCUUAGUCCGUGGGGAAGAAACCCAGAAGAGGAAGAGGAAAGCAGAGGAGUCAGGGAUGGCUCUUCCUCAGGGUCUAUUGACAUUCAGGGACGUGGCCAUAGAAUUCUCCCAGGAGGAGUGGAAAUGCCUGGACCCUGCUCAGAGGACUCUAUACAGAGACGUGAUGCUAGAGAAUUAUAGGAACCUGGUCUCCCUGGCUAUCUCUUCCAAAUGCAUGACAAGGAAGUUCUCAUCAACAGGGCAAGGCAGUAUGGAAGUGAUCCACACUGGGACAUUGCAAAGACAAGCAAGUCAUCACAUUGGAGAUUUUUCCCUCCAGGAAAUUGAGAAAGAUUUUCAGGACUUUGAGUUUCAGUGGCAAGAAGAUGAAAGAAAUGGCCAUGAAGCACUCAUGACAGAAAUCAAAAAGUUGACUGGUAGUACAGACCGACAUGAUCAAAGGCAUGCUAGAAACAAGCCUAUUAAAGAUCAGGUUGGACAAAGCUUUCAUUUGCAUCUGCCUGAACUGCAGGUAUUUCAGAGCAAAGGGAAAAUUGAUAAUGAGGUUGAGAAGUUUAUCAGUGAUGCUUCCUCGGUUUCAACAUCCCAAAGAAUUUCUUGUAUUCCUAAAACCCAUAUUUCUAAUCAGUUUGGGAAUAAUUUCCUCCAUUCUUCAUUACUCACACAAAAACAGGAAGUACACAUGAGAGAACAAUCUUUCCAAUGUAAUGAGAGUGACAAAGCCUUUAAUUGUAGCUCACUGUUAAAAAAACGUCAGAUAAUCCAUUUAGGAGAGAAACAAUAUAAAUGUGAUGUAUGUGGCAAGGUCUUUAAUCAGAAGCGAUACCUUGCAUGCCAUAGCAGAUGUCACACUGGUGAGAAACCUUACAAGUGUAAUGAGUGUGGCAAGACCUUCAGUCACAUGUCGUGCCUUGUAAUUCACAAGGCAAUUCAUACUGGAGAGAAACCUUACAAGUGUAAUGAAUGUGGCAAGGUUUUUAAUCAACAAUCAAAUCUUGCACGUCAUCGUAGACUUCAUACUGGAGAGAAACCUUACAAAUGUGAAGAAUGUGACAAAGUUUUCAGUCGCAAAUCACACCUUGAAAGACAUAGGAGAAUUCAUACUGGAGAGAAACCAUACAAAUGUAAGAUUUGUGACAAGGCUUUUGGACGUGAUUCACACCUGGCACAACAUAUUAUAAUUCACACUAGAGAGAAACCUUACAAGUGUAAUGACUGUGGCAAGACCUUCGUUCAAAAUUCAUCUCUUGUAAUGCAUAAGGUCAUUCAUACUGGAGAGAAACGUCACAAGUGUAAUGAAUGUGGCAAAAGUUUUAAUCACAAAUCAAGUCUUGCAUAUCAUCAUAGACUUCAUACUGGAGAGAAACCUUACAAGUGUAAUGAUUGUGGCAAGGUUUUUAAUCGAAAAUCAAACCUUGCACGUCAUUAUAGACUUCAUACUGGAGAAAAACCUUACAAAUGUGAAGAAUGUGACAAAGUUUUCAAUUUCAAGUCACUCCUUGAAAUACAUAGGACAGUUCAUACUGGAGAGAAACCAUACAAAUGUAAGGUUUGUGACAAGGCAUUCAGGUAUGAUUCACAUUUGGCACAACAUACUGGAAUUCACAUUGGAGAGAAACCGUACAAGUGUAAUGAGUGUGGCAAAGCCUUCUGUGGCCAGUCAACACUCAUUCACCAUCAAGCAAUCCAUGUUGUAGGGAAACUUUACUAAUGUAAUGAUUGUCACAAAGUCUUCAGUAACGCUACAACCAUUGCAAAUCAUUGGAACCAUAACGAAGUGAGAUCUUACAAGUGUUAUAAAUGUGGCAGAUUUUUCAGGCAUCAUUCUUACCUUGCAGUUUAUCAGCGAACUCAUACUGGAGAGAAACCUUACAAAUGUGAUGACUGUGGCAAGAUCUUCAGUCAAGUUUCAUCUUACACAAAACAUAGGAGAAUUCAUACAGGAAAGAAACCUCACAAGUGUGAUGAUUGUGUCAAAGCCUUUAUUUCACGUUCAUGCCCCAUUACACAUCAGAGAAUCCGUACUGGACAGAGAUCUUACAAGUGUCAGUGUGGCAAGGUCUUUAGUCCUAGGUGACUCCUUGCAGGACAUCAGGAAAUUCAUUUUUGAGGUAAUAGUUCCAAAUGCAGUGAGUAUAGCAAACCAUCAACGAUUAAUUCACAUUAGAUUCAAAUCAGCAUUGACUUGAGUUUGAGUUGACUUAACACUGAGUUCAAGCAUUAACUGAGAUUAAAGUGUUUAUGUUCAGAGGAUUAGGCCAGGUGCGGUGGCUCACACCUGUAAUCCCAGCACUUUGGGAGGCCAAGUUGAGUAGAUCACUUGAGGUCAGGAGUUUGAGAGCAGCCUUGCCAACAGAUGUGAGCCAUUUUCCCAGCCUGUUUUUUUGUUUCUUCAACAAAUACUGAUAGGGAUUUUUAUGGGUAUCGUGUUGAAUCUAAAUCACAUUGGGUUAUAUAAACAUUUAACAAUAUUAAUUUUUCCAAAACAUCAGUAUGGGUUGUACCUUUAUAUAUGUUUUGAAUCAUUUCCAUCAAUGUUUGUAGAUGUCAGUGUAUGAAUUUCUCACUUCUUUCUGUUUAUUCCUAGGUAUUUCUUACUUUAAGUUCUGUAGCAAAUGGAAGUGUUUUUAAAUUUUCAUUUAAAAUUGUUUAUUGUUAAUGUAUGAAAAUUCAACUAAUUUUUGGUGUUGAUAUUGUAUUGUGCAAAUCUACUGGUGUGUUUAUUAGUCUCAGUAGUACUUUGACUCUGUGAUUUUCUACACAGAAGAUCAUGUCAUCUACAAACAAAUAUAAUUUUACUUUUUUCUGAUUUCGAGGCAUUUCAUUUCUUUUGCUAUUUCAUUGCUCUGGCUAGGACAGCCUGUAUUUAUUGAAUAGAAAAAGUGAGAGCAUUCUUGCAUCAUUUGAGAUCCUACAGGAAAAGCAUUCCAUUUUCCCUGCUUGGUUAUUUCCACGUUGGUCACUUCAUCAAUGGUCAGGUAAAUUUCCUUCUCUAUUUUGUUUAAGAUUUCUUUUUAUUUAUUUAUUUUUUUGAGACGGAGUCUUGCUUUGUCGCCUGGG